AUUGAUUGUAGUUGCUGAAAAGGAUGUCGUUUAUCAACGUUUUCCAAUUCCUCUUAUCAAUCGACUGGAAAAACAUUUACUUGUAAUGUCGACUGGUUUAACAGAACGUCAAGCUGAGUUGGUUAAAGAACUGGAGAACUGGGUGAAGCUCUUCUCGGUAGUAAAACCUGAACAUUCAUCUAGCGAGAGGUAGAACUAUUGUCUUUGAGUUGUUGUAGUGAUUAAACACAUACUGUAGUUUCUUUAAAUUCAAAUUUUUUUUUCGAAUUGUUUAGCUUUUUUCGAAUUGCAUAAGCUUACUUUUGGUAUCAUAAAAAAGGUUCGAACCAGUUACUGCAUUGAGCUAUUGACCGACAAUACUUUGAAAAGAGUUGCACUCAGAAUGUUGAGAAGGUCAAAGCUCAACACCACAAGGAUUCUACUUGCACCUGCGAAAACCAUAUCAGACUUGUAUAGGAACAAAAAGAUUGAGAUUAUGAUAUAGAACCUUUGAUAAAGGUCGAGGUUUUAGCACUUUCUCCGAAGAAGGAUUAUAGAUAUCGGGAGAGCUCAUGAGAAAAUGAACUGUCAAAUAAUUAAAUGAGCUUCUUAUAACAUCGAUUACGUUAGAGAAAAGCUUUAAAAACAUUUACGACCCUAUCAUCCACUUAUAUAUCCUGUUAAGGAAAUGCAAAAGUGUCCACUAUACAACUAAAUUUUGUGUCAGUAUAUGCGUUUGUUUCUGCCAUUAUAGCUUAUUCAAGCCUGGUGAUUGUUUUGUUGGUUACCAUAGCGACACUGCUGCUGCAGUAGUUAUUAAAAUUUCCAACCUUAAUAAAGACUGGUCUGAUGAGCAGGUAUAAAAUUUGUGUUCAUAUAUAGUCCUACGUUUGUGUUCAUAUACAGUUCUCCAAAAUUUGAUAAUACAAUCAUGUAUUCUAUUCUUUCAUGUGAUAUUGAAAAUUAAUUAAAUAACCUUUCUGUAAUAUUUCAUAAAAAUGAUAACUGGACGGGAAUUUAUAUCGCAUAGCAAUAUGGUUGGCUAUUGAAUAAUUAAUGAGUUCUAAAUAUUUCAAUAGUAUAUGCAUUGAAUUUCUGAUAAGUUUAAUUGCUUGAUUUAUGUAAGUUGCGCAACUGUUCUUUCCCUGGCCCGUCGAAAUCAGUUCUUUUGAACAAAUGAUUUAACGGUAGUUUUUCGCCCUAGAUUAUUAUGCAAUCAAAAUACACGUUGUUGCAGUGUGCAUCACCUGAUGCUAUUGCUAGAAUACCAGCAACAAAACUAAAGUACGAUGCAGAGAAGCUUUGGACAAAAUAUUUUAGAAAUCAGAAACAUGGAAGUUUGAAAGAUUAUGUGGUUCAUUGCUUGCAAAACAAGGACGAUGCUGAAAACAAUGGUUUUCUUGUCCAGGUUAGUUUUCUUAUGUUGAAUAUCUUGUAUUCAUUCAUUUUGGUAUGACAUGUGUACUUUGGUGUUAAUGCACGCAGGCUAUUGUUUCGAAGAAGGUUAUUGCACUGGCCGCAGCCAGUGUCAUGGAAUGCCCUUACUGAAAUUUCUGUCUUUUUCGGUGUUUUUUUUUUGUUGUCGCAAGUGUGACUUUCCAUUGCGGCAUCGGGGGCUCAGGAUUGUGCAAUUUAGCUAAAACAUGCUCACAGGACGAUUAGGAUAUGGAUUAGAAUUAGAUUGGGGUUAGGACCAAUUCUACACAGUGUUAACCAGAACGAAUUUCGUAUUUAACUACGUUACAAAUCUUAGACGCUGUAAUUGUGGGACGUAUUUUAUUAUAUUUCAUUGCGCCGGCGCUUGGACUUUUCUGUGUGUUUUUCGAUAAGAUAUCGCCGAACUCUAUUGGUUUGUAUGGAUUUUUAUUGUGCCGUCCUCAGAAUGUUUGUGAUCAUGAAGUCACGGCCGUCAAGAAGUGAAGAACAUCUACAUAUUUCAAAUUAUUUUUUAGAAUAUUGCAAUGGCAUUUUACCAACCGCGAGGCCAGUGUGAACGCUUAAGCAGGCGUCUUGUUUACUUUUGUAUUUACCGCCCAUCAAGUAGCCGAAAUACCACGGUGUAAAUAAUUUAAACCUGUUCUUUCAUUAUAUAUUUACCAGUUCAAUUAUUUCAAUUGUUGUCAACUAUCAAUUGCAGUUCAAGUUGCCGCCGGUAAUGUUGCACGGAUAAGUGCAUGGUGUAGGUUAUGAUUAUAAGUGAUGGAAGUACUGACGGGUCACAGCCAGUCGGGACAUGUUCCGCAUAAAUGUCGCUCCAUAUACGCGCUCGCUCUCAUACAAAAUACGCAAAGUCAUAACAUUGUUAAUAAUUAUAAUUUUUUUGCAGAUUACCACGUACUCUCGAUUGUUAUCACAAGCAAAUUCUCGGGCCAUAGCCUCUGCCGCUGGGUUUACAGGUCCACAGACACGUUGUAUUAGCCUUCAGGAAUUUCAUACAGAGCAACAAUUCGUCAAGACAUUAGAGUAAGUGUUUGCGUUACGCGUGAAAGCAUAAAUACAAGAUAUCGCUAAAGCGACUAUGGUAUAUGUUUACAAUGAUAGAAAUAAGUCCUAAACUAGGAUACAAUAUAAAUUCAAAUUAAGAUAUAAAGUACUACGAUUAUAUAGCCAGUAAAUUUAGAAGUAGAAAGGAGAAAGGGGAUGAGUUGGUACGUCUAAAUAGGAAUGUAGCUAAUUUGUUUUUAUUCAGUUCUGAUUUCAAGGCAAUCAUUUCGUUUUCAG